AUGUCCGGUCUAGCUGCAGAGGCGAAAGCGGCAUGGGAUUCCCAUGUUGAUACCCGCACAGGAGCUGAGCCUCCCAAACCAGCUGACCCAUCCGAACUCAGUACUAUGAGAAACGCCAUUGGUGGAUCUUUCAAAGCAGCGGCAGCUCUGAUUGGCGCCGCUGCAGCUCCACUUCCUGACCAAACUGGUGAUGGCUCCAAGAUCGCGCCAGAAGAGAAGGCCAGUCUUUACAAGAAGAUUGAAGGCGGUCUGCGAGACAUGUCUCACCUUGGCAUCGAGAACAUCCAGAGCUUGAUGGAGAUUCAGAAAGAGAAGAUGCUUGGUGGAUAUACCGAUGAUAAGACAUACCUCAUGGAGGGUCUUAUCCGGACCGCUGCCGCAUUGCCUGACGGGUCAAAGACAAGAGAGGCAGUGACGGGUCAAUUUCUGACCCAGCUAUGGGGUGACUUGCAGCACCCGCCGCAGUCAUAUCUUGGGUCGAAGUACCAGUACCGUGCCGCAGAUGGAUCGAAUAACAGUCUAGUAAACCCGCAAGUUGGCGCAGCAGGAACACCAUACGCCAGGACAGUCAAGCCAGACAUGAUGCAGACUCCUGCCCGCCCAGAUCCUGGUGUUGUAUUCGAUAGCAUCAUGACGAGGAAGCAUGCUGAACUGCACCCAAACCGUAUUUCAAGUAUGCUGUUCUAUCUGGCAUCCAUCAUCAUCCACGACUGCUUCCGCACAAGUCACGAGGAUUACUCGAUCUCGAUGACAUCUUCAUAUCUCGAUUUAUCACCAUUGUAUGGCAGUAACCAGGCCGAACAGGACAUGAUGAGGACUGGACGCGAUGGAAAGAUCAAGCCCGACUGCUUCUCGGAAGCAAGACUGUUGUUCUUCCCUCCCGGCGUUGGUGCUAUGUUGAUCAUGUUCAACCGUUUCCACAACUACACGGUCGAGAACCUAGCGGCUAUCAACGAGCAAGGACGUUUUACGAAGCCUUCGAAUGAAGUACCAAAGUCUACCGGUGACGUCGAAGUCGACAAGAAAACAAAGGAAAAGUAUGAUGCGGCAUGGAAGAAAUACGACAAUGACUUGUUCCAGACCGGUCGUCUCAUUACUUGCGGCCUUUACGUCAACAUCAUCUUGAUCGACUACGUCCGCACCAUUCUCGAUCUUAACCGGACUGACAGCAACUGGCAGUUGAACCCUCGCGCGGAAGUGAAGGAUCUACCCAUGGGCAUUGGCAACCAAGUCUCUGCUGAGUUUAACCUCGUAUACCGAUGGCACUCUACAGUCUCUGAUCGUGACGAGAAAUGGACGCAGGAGAUGUGGGACGGUCUCUUCGGUGAAGGUCGCGAUCCCAAGACCGUCGGCAAAUAUGAGUUCCUUGGCCGGUUGAAUGAAGUCUACAAGAAGACUGAUCCUGAUCCCUCGAAACGCAAGUUCGCUGGUCUGGAGCGAGGUGACAACGGCACACUACCCGACCAAGGUCUGGUAGACAUCUUGACAUCGAGCAUAGAAGACUGUGCCAACUCUUUUGGACCGAAUAGAGUCCCUGCUGUCUUCCGCGCUAUUGAAGUCCUAGGUAUCGAACAAGCCCGUACCUGGAAUCUGGGAUCGCUCAACGAGUUCCGGAAGUACUUCAAGCUAGAGCCGCAUAACACUUUCGAAGACAUCACGUCAGACAAAUAUGUGCAAGAACAACUCAAGCACCUCUACGAUCACCCCGACAAGGUUGAGAUCUACCCGGGUAUCGUCGUCGAGGACGCAAAGAAGCCCAUGGCUCCUGGUUCGGGUCUCUGCCCUUCGUACACCGUCUCCCGUGCUGUUUUGUCGGACGCCGUUGCGCUGGUUCGUGGCGACAGAUUCUACACGCAUGACUACAACCCACGCACCUUGACCAAUUGGGGCUACCGUCAAGCUGAAAGCGAUCUCGGCGUCGACAACGGAUGUGUGUUCUACAAGCUCUUCCUCCGCGCUUUCCCACAGCACUUCAAGUACAACAGCGUCUACGCCCACUACCCAUUGACUAUCCCGUCCGCCAUGCAGACUGCUCUGAAAGACUUGAAGAAAGACAAUCUGUACGACUUCAGCAAGCCAGUAGCGACACCACACCCUCAAUUCGUCAAAGAGUACAAGCUGGCCACCGACAUCAUGAAGGACCAAGCAACUUUCAAAGUCGUCUGGGGCAAAGCCAUGGAAUACAUCAUGGGCCCCGCAUCCGCCGACUUCAUGCUUGCCGGCGACGGGCCCAAGAACACUGCCUCCCGUCAAAUGGUCAGCAAGGCACUCUACAUCUCUGAAUGGGACAAGGAAGUACGGAACUACUACACUCUCAAGACGCGAGAACUGUUGAAGGAAAAGAGCGCCAAAAUCGCCGACUUCAACCAAGUCGACAUCAUCCGCUCUGUCGGAAACCUUGCGCAUGUCCACUUCUGUUCUGAGCUCUUCAUGCUGCCUUUGAAGACCGCCGCACAACCCCACGGUAUCUUCACGGAGGCCGAACUCUACCUCAUCAUGUCUUCGGUCUUCGCGCUCAUCUUCUUCGACGCAGACCCUGCUUCUUCUUUCCCUUUGCAUGUCAAAGCAAGAAAGGCAACGCAGCUACUCGGUAACAUCGUCGAGAAGAAUGUCAAGGCGAUUGCAAGUUCGGGCUUCUUGAGCAGUAUCAUGGCCACCAUCUGGCCGCAGGAAUCCGUGCUGAAGAGCUAUGGCAAGCAUAUGAUUAAGCGAUUGUUAGAGAGUGGAAUGUCGCCGGAGACCUUGACUUGGGGCCAUAUCCUCGGCACGGCGGGAGGCAUGGUAUCGAACCAGGGUCAACUCUUCGCUCAGACAAUCGAAUACUUCCUCCUCGGCGCCGGCAAGAAACAUUGGGCCGAGAUCUCGAGGUUGGCUCAAGAUGACAGCGAGGAGUCGUUUGAGAAGUUGAUGCACUACACCAUGGAGGGCGGAAGGUUGAACGGCGAAACAGGCGUCAUCCGCGCCGUUGCCAAACCAACCUCCAUCACCGAGGCUGGAAAGACGACAGAUCUCAAGCCCGGCGACGCCGUCUUUGUAAAUCUGCGCACCGCCUCUCACGACUCUACCAUCUUCCCUAACCCUGAUGAAGUCGACAUCACCCGCCCGCUGGAUUCCUACAUUCACCUCGGAUACGGACCGCACCAGUGUCUCGGACUGCCAAUGACGCGCAUCACGCUCACGACGAUGCUGCGAGAAGUUGCGCGCCUGAAGAAUUUGAGGCCGGCACUGGGUCCGCAGGGCAAGAUUCACAAGGUGGAGAAGAAGAUGGGUCCGGGCGAGGAGAAGUAUAGCUAUCAUGCUUAUUUGACGGAGAAUCAGGAUAUGUACUUUCCGUUCCCUUGUGCGCUGAAGGUAUGCUGGGAUGACUAG